AUGACCACCACCUCCCCCAAGGCUAAAGCCAUCAACGUGUUUGCACGAUGGCGGCCACUCGCAUCAGAUGAGACCAAGUCGGGCGAGAUGCGGCACAGCAAACAGCCAGACUCCAAAGGAUUUUCUUCUGUCUCUAUCAAACCUCAAGCAUCGUCCAAAGAUCGCCCAUGGACGAGUCCCUCAGCGUUCCAUACCAUCUUUGGUCCCGAAGACCACAACUCCGAGGUAUACGACACUGUUGUGGUGCCCAACAUCUGCAAGGUUCUCGCUGGUGAAAGGUGCAGCUUCUUCGCGUAUGGACAUUCGGGUAGUGGAAAGACACACACCAUUCUCGGUUACGAUUUUGAGCACAGCCGGGAGCUUGGGCUGUGUCUUGCUGCCGCCAAGCAACUAUUUGCAGAGAUCGAGCGCCUUCAGAUGGAGAACAAAGAGCAAGAGCUAGGUAUCGGAUUCAGCUUGUUUGAACUGCGCCAGAAGUCAGCGUUUGAUCUUCUUAACAACAGGUCUGAAUGCCAUGUCAGACAAGGUCCUGACGGGAAAGUCCACAUCCGCGGCGAGACCGAGAUGCUGGAAGGAGGCAAAGUCCGGGUUCAACCCAUUGUUCAGCGGCCAUGCUGGAAAUUCGAGACCUUCCAACAAGAGCUUGUCCACGCCCUUGGUCAGCGUGCAACGGGCUCUUCGAGCGUGCACGACCAAAGCUCCAGGACUCACGCUGUGCUGGAACUAGAGAUUGUCAGCCAGCCCUUGAUUGAUGCGAGAAUGGCUUUGGUCGAUCGCCAGUCUGAGCUUGUGCCCGUGGGAAAGCGCGCCAUAGACGUCAGCAUCGAGGAGGAUAUGAAGAGCGUCAUUCAGACGAAAGAUGGAGGGUGGGCACCCAACCCCGACUACCAGAAGGACGAAGCUCGCAUCAAAGCAGUCGAGGAUGAGAAGGCCCUAUUUGAGGGUCGUGUCGCAGCCGCGGAAGAGCAGAUCCAAGCGAUCCUCAAAUUCAGCCCCUCUCUGUGUUUGGGGGCGAAGAUGGUGUUUGUCGAUCUCGCCGGCGCCGAAUACUCGGAAGACAAUGCCGCCCGGAUGCGGAAAUUGAAGCAGAGUCCCCAAGAACGCCAAGAAGGCCGACAAAUCAACAGCGACUUGCUAGCAUUGAAGGAGGUGAUGAGGGCUUGGUCCAAGGGGUCUAACAGAAUACCGUUCAGAUCUUCGACUUUGACGAUGGUGUUGCGGGAGCAUUUUAUUGCUACGGGGAGCUCUGCCAUUAUUGUGACGCUGUCGCCUGCGCAGGGUCAGUAUGCUGCGACCCUCAACUCGCUGAGAUAUGCGAGCUUGGUCGGAGCUCCUGGUGCUUGA